GGCGGCUUUGUUGAGGGGCGCGCUGGCAGCGGGUACGGAGAGUCUCCUUGGGGCUGUCCCUGGCCGCGGCCUGGUAGCGCCGGGCGAAGAUGGGCGCCAGCGGCAGCACUCGGCGUGUCACCUUCGAGGCGGACGAGAAUGAGAACAUCACAGUGGUGAAAGGCGUGCGGCUAUCUGAUAGUGUCAUUGAUCGGAUGAAGGAACCUUCUUCGCCUGGUGGAAGACCGCAGUCUCAGCGCCGAUCACCUGGUGCAGUUAAUGAUGAAGAACUAAAGAAAAGAAUUGCAGAAGAAUUGGCAUUAGAACGAGCCAGAAGAGACUCUGAAGCUCAAAAGAGAAGAACAUGUUCUUCUGAGAGUGAAGUGACUGCUGCUGUGCCGACCUCAUGAAGAACAGAUUUCUGUUGUUCACAUUCAGCAUACCUACCCUCCUGUUCUAUUCCAAUUGAGAAAGCAAUCUCUCCCGAAUUCAGGGGCAUGAGGAAUGUCUGUGCAGUGUUCAUUUUUUUUUUUUUUUUUUAAGUCAAGAUCCAUACUUUCAAGUGGAAAAAGCCUGCAAUUUUCUGUAUGACUCAGGUAUCAGUCUUCUGGACACUUAUGUACUUUCAGAGCUGGUAUAAUUUUUCAUCAUUACUGGACUUCAGUUUUGAAGCAGAAACUUAGGAGCUCAGUGUACACUGUUCAGAUAGAACAUUUUAUACCUUUCACUUUGGUGCAAUGCAGAGACUUCUAGGUAAUAUAAACAAGAAAAACCUAAAAAGAUUCCUUUUGUAUUUAGUUAUAUGUAGUAAACAUGAAAGCACAUUGAUGCAACGUUGUAAGAUGGAACAAAACCUGUGUUCCCAGCUGUACUGUGCUUAAAACAUAUGCUGGAAUAAAACUGUUAGAGAGAACGGUUGUUAGUGUUCAUAGGGUAUAUUACAAAAGCAACUGGAAGCCAUUCCAGAGUUCAAGAGCUUUAGACCAUUGUCCAAGUCUUCAGAACCUGCAGUUCACGGAAGCAAUAUCAGAGUACUUUCUUUGUUGUAUCAAACAUGUUCACAAAUCACAUUGUUUUCCAGGUAAGGGUACUACAUCUGGAGGUUGAUGGCCCUGCCGGUGGCAGGGGGGUUGGAACUGGAUAGUCUUUGAGGUCCCUUCCAACCCAAGUCAUUCUAUGAUUCUAUGAUGUUAAUACUUGAACACAUGAAAGAAGGAAGUGAAAUGUAGGCUUUGUAACCUAUACAGAGGAUGCAGAGUACAGAUGCAUCGGUGUUGUUUAAGGCUGGUUGGACUGAGAAGGAUGGUAUCUGAUGUCUGUGCUGAUAGCACAUUGUAGAACGGUGAUUCAGUAGCUCUUUCAGCUUGUAUUUCUCUUUGGUAGGCAAAUGAGCAGCAUGUAGCCAGUCCUCAGCAUUUUGAUGAAAGAUUUGCUACUUUUAUCUGGUGAAAAGCAACUUGGAAUGCUGUAGUUCUAGUGUUUAAAUUUUUGGAAGAGUUAUGGUAGGGGCAUAAGCCCCAUAUUUAGUUACUUUAAUGGAUACCAUAGUAUUAAAAACUACUUCGCUUUGCACUUUCAGUACAUUAAAAAAAUAAAAAUGAAAUUGAUAACCUACUACUUUUUUCUUGACUAUCUUUAAGUCAGAUAUUGAUGGUAGGUGAUGCUGAUAUCAGAAAUGUUUUUGGUAAACAUUUUAUGAAAUAAAUAGAGAAACACAAAGAUUAUGUAUUUAGAAAGUGUAUAUUCAUUCCCUUCUCAAAAACAGUUUUGCUAUCUUUAAGUAAAAAAAAAAAAUUAAACAUAAGUGAACUUGUGACUGUCAGUUGUCUAAUCUAUCUAUCUAAUGGAUAAUUUCAGUACUGUUUCUUUAUGCAUUGGAUCACCACAUCUUGAUCAGAUUGCAAUGUGUAGUAUAUCUGUGCAACACUGUGAAAGAAGAUUUUUUUUUUAAAUUAAAUUAAUUGCUAGGGAGUUUAUUUAUUCAAAUGUACAUAUACAAAUGGUUAAAAUUUCCCUCAAAUUACAAUCAGUCUCUCCAGGAUUUUCUUCUCUUAGAAUCUGGAAGUAUGUAGUGGUUGUGGAAGUGUCGUAAAUUAAUGCAAAAGUUAAUAACUACCAUCAUGAGAACAUGUGUGGCUUGUAAUCUGUUGAUGGAAAUUGAAGUGCUGCCAGUGACUGAAUUCCCUCAUGUUUAACCAUUCUGGGCCAGAACACCACCUCAUCUCACAUAUUGUUUUCUCAGGCCUACUAAUGGACAAACAUUCCUGGAAGUGCUUUACUAAAGCUGCCUUCUGGCUCAAUUUCCCCUGGGAGUUUCUCUACUUAUUUUGAUAGACUGGACGAAUACAGUCUCUGUCUAUGGAAGUACUUGUUAAUUUCCAUCUCCUGAAGUGAAAAAAAUGUUUAUCCUCUUACAGAAGGCAGAGUUGUAUGUGGAGGAUCUUCCUCAUGUUGGAGGUUGGGUAUUCAGUUCUUGAGUCUGACCAGUAGGUAUUCCUAUGCCCUCUAGUCAGUUCUGGAGACUGUGUUAGCAGUCCAGAAUUUUGUAAUAAUACUAUAGUGACCACAAAUCCCACUGAAGACUCAAAGUUCAAGCUAAUGCAUUGGUUCUUCUACUCAGCUCAACUGUGGCUUUUGAACAUAAAUAAAGUUUUCUCUCAAGAGUCAUUUCAUUUAGAAAAGUUAAGCUGAUUUUUAUUCAAUUACAAUGGAACUUAUGGUGACUGCAUUAGUAGAUGUGACUGCUUAAUGUGUUGGAGCUACAGUCAUGUGAUAAUGCUCAAGGUAAUUUACAGGUUGUAAUACUAUUAGUAUUAAGAAAAACAAUAUAGAAAUAGUACUGCUAUUAGAGUUAUAAUUACUAGAGAGCUUACUAUUUUGAACAGAAUAGGAAAGAAUAAUGUAUAUUCUUUCCCCUCGAUUAAGAAUAGCAUUAAUAUUCUCAUAGCCUAUUUCCAGUUCAUGUCAGUACCUACCAUUAGGUAGCAACAAUACCCUGCUCGUUAUAAUGUUCAUUAUUUAAUGAAAACAGAGUCUUAGCCAGUACCUUAAUGAUGGAUUUGUGGCUUACUGAACAAUUACUUGAGCAUGUUCAGUGGCUUUCUGGUGUGACGUUUGUUACUGCCUUUGGUGUAUAUGGACUCUUAAGAAAAAGAGAAAAAGCAAGCUUUGUCCCCUGUUAAAUACCUGCCACAGUCUGUUACACAUCAUGAAAGAGAAACCUACUAAAAGAGAGAAUCAUAGAAUCACAAGGUUGGACAGGAUAUACAAGACCAUCUAGUCCAACUGUCCUCCAUCAC